ACACGCUAGUGAAACAUCACCUGACAGAACCAUGGACAGAACACGAUAUCACAUGACAUGUGCGCGUAAGUGUUAAGCGCGCUUUGAAUGCGCUUUUUAAACAAGUAGGCUUUCCUACAUGAUUUUUUUUGUCCUAGAUCUAGAAUCUGUAAUUUUAUUUCUACUCAGUCGCUAGUUUAUUCAAUACCACAUGCAAAGAAGGGAGGCAAGAUAAGCUCAUGAAGGUUUUGUUAAUCUUCUUAGUCGUUACAUUUUCAAGUUGGUCCACAUGCGGUUCUAUAGCAAUACCACGAACAGUGCAGUCGACAAAAAGACAAGUUGAUAAGGAUAGCAUCCACAAUCAGUUGGUAAAAUCAGAAGAUACUUUCCUUGGUGAUCGUCUGCUAUCUGAUCAACGACGGGUGCAACGUGUGACAAGGGAUGAUGAUGAGGAGGUGAUCGUAGUUGAUGCUGAGGAGGGGGUCGAGGAAUCCAAGAUUGUUGACGAGUCUGGAGGAGAUUCUGAUGAUGAAAAGGAGAAAGGAUUUCGGGAAAAGAUGCAUGGAUGGCUAAGGCUUGUAACAGGAAUCUAUGUUUUCAUCUGUGUUGUCCUUUGUGCGCUGGCCAUUCUCCGAUAUGUUAUCGACGGCUGUCCGUGUCUGCAACAGGACUUUUGUUGA